AUGAUCAUGCAGUACACUCUGUAUGUCCUUUAUGUGUUCUCCAACCAGUCCACUCUGGAUCUGAGGCCUGGAGCCAUGACCCGCUCCCCGUUCAGAAACCACCAGCUGCAGGCCCGUCUGUCCUCAGAGCCCUGUGGAGAUGUCCCACUGUGCAGUGACCUAACCACCAAGAACACCACCAAGAACAUCAUGGUGCUAGAGUCCUGA